GCCACUAGUUAUUAUAAAUCAUGGUUAAGAAAAGGAAAAGUGUACUUAAAUCUUCAACACAGGUUGUUGAUUCACCAAUGAAAGAACCAAGAAUUAUAAGAGGUAAUCAUUUAGAAAAAGCUCGCAACAGUUUAAAUGAAGCUCUUGAUAUUAUUGCAAAGAAGGAGCAAAAAAAAGYUGAUGAUGUGACUGACAAUGAUGUAUUAAUUGUGGAAGAAAAUGAUACAACUAAGCGAAUUAAGGUAAAUGAAUCCAAGCAAGAAGUUAAAGAUUCAUUGGUAUUAAAAUUACGAGAUCGUAGCAUUGAUUUAGCUUCUUUUACCAAUAAUUCAGCAAUGUAUUCUAUAUGCCGAGCUUGGAUGAAAAAUGACCCAUUAUCAGCAAGACAAGUAAAAAGUAAGAAAUCUGAAAAUUUGGAACGUUAUCUUAAAAUUGAUAAUGAGUCAUCUACAAUCGAAGAUUAUGUGUAUAAAUUACCACCUCCUAAAAGCAGACCUGAAAAUGAGACUGAUAUWGUUCAUAGAAUACCUUUAAAUUUACCAAAGGAUGUUGUAACCAAAAUGGAUAUUAAAAAUAAUAUUGAAGAAGUCCCUACUGUUAGUGAAUUACUUAAGGAGCACAGAAAAAGAUGGACUUAUGUAAGACAGCAGUGGAUUAAAUUCAGUAAUGAAAAUGAAUCCCGCUACGCUAUGUCAAAAAGCAUUUUGAAUUCAAUGUUAAACAAUUUGUUACAAAAAGAACCAAUCUAUCACAUUUUGACAAAUUUGAAAUUAUUUGACCAAUAUCAUUAACAUUUGUUGAUAUGAGAUGAGAGUAAAAAGUUUCUAUGUCUUAAUUUCUUAUUUUACAGGUGAGCAUUUUUAAUAUUUGUUUAAAGACAUAUGAACAUUUUGCUUUGUGUACGUCAUUCAUUAUAACUCGUGUCAAACUAAUUUUUAGCUUAAAACAUGUGCCAUUGAAAACUUAUAAGGAAUAUUUGAAAAAGUAAAUUUUGAUAAAAAAACCACUUGGAACCUUUUUACUCUUAGCCUAUGUAAUAUGUUACUUGUGAUAAAACAGCCAUCGCCUGAUUCAACUUAGAGAGCACUAAGUUCACAUGCAUUAUCACCAUCUCUAAAAUGCACAACAUAAUAAAUUGCAUGUUCCAAAUAAUCUGUUUAACUCUGUUAUUUUUGAUGUUAAAGGGAAAGUAUUACUAU